AUGGCAGAUCUACCGAUGCAUCAGUCUGGACAGGUUCUGUGUUCAAUAUACUGCAACAGCAAGCAUACUGGCGCCCCCUUAAAAGCUUUUCAAAAGCCUACUACUACUGGACUCAAAGGCUCCUGGCCCAACGUGAACUCACUGAGCCAGCUUCAAACAGAUUGCACGGAAUGGCUGGGUGACCUUACCACCGAGGAGGCCAUUGCGGCCUACCGCUCAGGCCUGCCGAGAGAGCUGCGAGAGCAGGUAGACGCAGAUUUUGGUGUGUUCUCUAGGUCUAAUAUGUUCCAGGGGCAAAAGGCAUUCGAAGACCAGUUGGGGUUGAAAGAAAACGCUGCGUUUUACCGACGAAUGCGCCAGUCGCCCUAUUCUAUAUUCCCCGCCAACACAGGCGGCCACUGGGUCUUGGUGGUUAUACACAAGGAAGACCCCACGGCGAAGGGCAAGGAGAAGUGGGCCAACAUUCCAGCGGGCAGUGUGAAGUCGCAGAGAUUUACGCGUGUUGCACAACUCGCCGUUAUCGACCCCCAACGGGGCACGUUGCCAAGUACAGGAAGCACGACGAGGGUACACCAGCGGCUGAGGCGGAUGCUCGAGGGCGAUGCUGGCUUUAAAUUCUCUAAAGAUUACAAGCGCGAUGUGUGGGUGCCCGUGCAGAAUGAUUCAUACACAUGCGGACCUCGCUGUUACUGGGCGGCGAAACAGACCUUGGACCGUCUUCUCGAACUGUACGAGGCGGGUAUAGGCUACAACGAGAGUAUUUGGGAAGACCAAAGCGGCUGGCUCAAUAAGGACUUUGUACGCGGAGAGAUGAUUGGCAGACUUGCCUGGCGUGCAGUCCAGCAGAUGGAAUAUAGAGCACGAGUAGCCGUCGAGUUGGUUGACAAGGUUAAGCCGUCUCGUAACGCCGAGCAGACCCUGCGGCCUGAGCCACUCGUGGAUGAAAAGCCCGCAAAGCGCCCGAAUUAUCCAAGAAAGGCGCUGCCGUCAUCCAAGACCACACCAGAGCCGACCGAUGGGGCAAAUGGCCAGAUGCCCACACCACCCCCGACCGGGACGAAGGGAACGAAGGGAACGACGGGAUGGCCGCAAGGAACCAAGAAGACCAGCAAGCCAACAACGGCGAUACCCGUAGUAAUUAUAAUCGACGACGACGAACCAUCCGCGACCAAUACGAAGGGACCGUCCACGACCAAUACGAAGGGAACGUCGCAAGGAACCAAAACCAGCAAGCCCACCAGCAAGCCAACCAGCAAGCCAACCAGCAAGCCUAGAACGGCGAUACCCGUAGGAAAUUCAAUCGACGACGAUGUACUGUUCACGACCAAUACGAAGGGAGGGUUGCAAGGAACCACGCCCACGCCCAGCACGCAAACAACGGCGCAGAAGUGGCGGAAUCUCCUUCUCUCGAGCGAGCCUCACCAUCACAAGAUCGCGCCGGACUUCAAGGUAAACAGCGGGCAGUAUAUCGGCCUCGAGGGCGUCUUCCCCUCAGCCACCCGCGAGCCGGAGUACCCGGGAGAGGAAAGAGGGGAGAACCCCUACGUUCCCCCUGGCAGGUUCCCAUCACCAGCCGUUCCCGAGGCAGAGAAGCCGCCGCAGCCUCAACCCGGGGCCCUCGGCAAAGCGUUGCCUGAGGCAAAGCGGAAAGCCAACAUGUUUGGAUCCAUGCCGUCCGGACCAGCGGCCAAGAAGUCAAAGUUCUGGAAGACCUAA